UCAAUAACCAACAAUAUUUUAAAACAUAAACACACUUCUUUUAUUUAUUUGCUUAUUGUUUUGGUAAUUUGCAAAUCCUGAUUAAUUAAAUGUAAUAUCUGCUGUGGUUUUUAGAAAAUAAAGAGUAGUGACCUUUGACCUUUCAUAUUCCAUUGCACAACACACCCUACCCCACUCAAUAAUUCGCCUAAUUCAGCAUAAUGACCAAUGUACUUUACACAGAAUUGAUAUUACAUCAAUACUCAAUAUGAAAACAUCAAAGAUUUCUAUCGAAAUUCAAGGAAAUCGUCAAAAUAAACAGGUAACCCCAGUCAAGCAAGCUGGCAACCAAGAAAAACAUGGCUGCCAUUUCAGAUUCUUUGUCCUAUUGUCCGAAGAAAUAUACAUUUUCUCAAGCAUUUAUCUAGAUAAAAUAUGCUAUUUGCAUGGAAAAUUGUCACCGAAUGACUAAAUUAACGUAUGAAAUACUUGACGAACUACAUUAUACGGUGAAAAUGAUGUUUUUAGCAAUUUUUCUGACGACUUCUCGCAGAAAAGUUGAAUGGAAAGUUGCUCCAAUUAACCCUAUUAUUGGUUUUCACCGAUGAUAACGUAUGUCUUAUGAUAACUGAAUGAAGAUUCACCAUGAAAACAGUUAAUUUUUCUUGAAAUGGUCGUUUUAUCGUCUGCAAAUUGCAUUUCCAUGGGCGCCGCCAUCUUGGAUUAUUGGUUGAAUAUGAAUUUUGCAAGGAUACAGUUGAGAACGAAAUUGUUCCUUUGUAUGUGGAAUGGUAUAUAUUUCUUCUUCUGGUUUAACAUCCGACAAGGGUUUAACACAAUUGAAAAUCCGUUUAGAAAGGAGCGGCAUCGUGUAAUAAAUCCACGAAACGUCGCCGAAAACUGUUGUUCAAAAUCUGGCGCGCAUAAGCAAAAAUGGCGCUGCUCAUCGGCAUAUUUGUAUCACGUGAUAUUUUGGUUUUGUUCUUUUUAGUUGAAUUUAGUUUAUUGUUUUUAUUUAGAAAAUGAACCCCGCAUCCCUUUAAUUUGGCUAUUCUGUUUAAUAAUUUGUAUUUUAAUCGUCUAGAAAAAGGUAUUUCACCCUACGAGACUGACCUAAUUUUGCGGGAAAUUUGAGAAAUGCUAGAGUUACUUCCCUUAUUGAUGGACAGCACCUGGCAGGCUGGUGUAAAAUUUAUGUUGACAGUGGACAAUGAGAAAAAUAGAAAUGAUAUGACACAUGUGACAAGUAGGGAUGUUCAUCACUAGAUAUUCCAGGGCUGUUCACUAAACCUGAUAAAAAAUGGGUGUGACACAGUUAUGGCAGAUACUUGCCCCAGUGGAGCAGCACAGGGCACUGUCCUCACUGUCUGGCCAAACACUUGCUGUAGACCUGUCAAUUUGGGUCUGUGAAAAUCAGUGUGUUAAACAGAUGCAAGGAGUAGUAUCAAAACCUUAUUUAAGGAAUUUAUUUUUCCGCAUUUCUCAUCUCACACAGCUUGGUGUAAAGCUUGUGUUUGUUAUAGAGGGCGCAGCACCGGAAUUAAAAUGGGAUACAAUGAUAAAGAGACAACAGUCGAGGUUUCCAGGCCGACAAGGGAAACAAGCGCCACAAAGACCUGCCGGAAAACAGACUAGAAGGAAUUUUAACUCCUGGUUGAAAGAGUGCUGCGAGUUACUAGAAAUUUUAGGGAUACCAUACAUUCAGAGUAAAGGGGAGGCUGAAGCCUUGUGUGCUCUGUUGAAUGCUAAUGGGUUGGUAGAUGGUUGUCUUACCAAUGAUGGAGAUGCAUUUUUGUAUGGUGCCACCACUGUAUAUAGAAACUUCACCAUGAACUCUAAGGACCCACAUGUAGAGAUGUACAGACUCAGUGACAUUCAGUCAAAGCUUGGUAUAGAUAGAGGCGGCCUUGUGGCUCUAGGUCUUCUGAUUGGCUGUGAUUUUGUACCAAAGGGCGUGCCAGGUAUUGGUAUAGCUAACGCUGUCAGGUUGCUGCAGUCUCUACAAGGUCAGGAUAUUCUUAUCAGGUUACAGUCUUGGAGUACCAUGUCAGAGAAAGAAUGUGUUGAUCAGACAGAAAUUCUAGCUCGCAGAAAGGCUAUCCAAGUACCCGAUUUUCCACAGAUAAAG